GUUUCUCGCAAUUUCGCACACUAAAACCCUUGUCAUCAUCUGCUACCUAAAAAACGCUGUUGUAGGGGAAAGCCAAAAGCGGCCAGGUUGAAAGAUUUUGAUUGCGUCAUGUCGACUUUUGCAAAACCAGAGAAUGCAUUGAAGCGUGCUGAAGAGUUGAUAAAUGUUGGGCAGAAGCAAGAUGCAUUGCAAGCUCUUCAUGAUCUGAUCACUUCGAAGAGAUACCGAGCCUGGCAAAAGCCACUGGAAAAGAUUAUGUUUAAGUAUGUAGAGCUUUGUGUCGACUUGCGGAGGGGCAGGUUUGCCAAGGAUGGUCUGAUUCAGUAUCGUAUUGUUUGCCAACAAGUGAAUGUCACUUCCUUGGAGGAGGUGAUCAAGCAUUUCAUGCAUCUGUCCACUGAGAAAGCUGAACAAGCUCGUAGUCAGUCACAAGCCCUUGAAGAAGCUCUUGAUGUGGAUGAUCUGGAAGCAGAUAAAAGGCCGGAAGAUCUGAUGCUUAGUUAUGUCAGUGGUGAGAAGGGAAAGGACAGGUCUGAUCGUGAACUUGUUACUCCUUGGUUCAAGUUUUUGUGGGAGACAUACAGAACAGUACUUGAAAUAUUACGGAACAACUCGAAGUUGGAGGCGCUAUAUGCAAUGACAGCCCACCGAGCCUUCCAAUUCUGUAAGCAAUACAAACGGACAACAGAAUUUAGGCGGUUGUGUGAGAUCAUCAGGAAUCAUCUAUCGAACCUUAACAAAUAUAGAGACCAAAGGGACCGACCUGAUCUGUCAGCUCCAGAGAGCUUGCAGUUGUAUCUUGAUACACGAUUUGAGCAGCUAAAAGUAGCUACAGAGCUUGAACUGUGGCAGGAAGCUUUUCGGUCCAUUGAAGAUAUUCACGGAUUAAUGUGCAUGGUCAAAAAAACUCCCAAGGCAUCCUUGAUGGUGGUCUAUUAUGCGAAGCUAACAGAGAUUUUCUGGAUUUCUUCAAGUCAUCUUUACCAUGCUUAUGCAUGGUUAAAGCUUUUCACACUUCAGAAAAGCUUCAAUAAAAACCUAAGCCAGAAAGAUUUGCAGAUGAUAGCAUCAUCUGUUGUUUUGGCUGCUUUAGCGGUGGCUCCUUAUGAUCACACAUAUGGUGCAUCUCAUUUGGAACUUGAAAAUGAGAGAGAGCGGAAUUUGCGGAUGGCAAAUCUUAUAGGUUUCAAUCUAGACCUGAAACCUGAGAGUAGAGAAGUGCUUUCAAGAUCAUCCCUUCUUUCAGAACUGGUAUCCAAAGGUGUAAUGAGCUGUGUAACACAGGAAGUAAAGGAUCUUUACCAUCUUUUGGAGCACGAAUUUCUACCUUUAGAUCUCGCGGCAAAGGUUCAGCCAUUGUUAUCCAAAAUUUCUAAACUCGGGGGCAAACUCGGCUCCGCUUCUUCUUUGCCUGAAGUGCAUCUCUCCCAAUAUGUUCCUGCCCUCGAGAAGCUUGUUACCCUGAGGUUGCUUCAACAGGUUUCUCAGGUGUAUCAGAUGAUGAAAAUUGAGAGUUUGUCUCAGAUGAUCCCAUUUUUUGAUUUCUUUGCCGUGGAGAAGAUUUCGGUAGACGCUGUGAAACAUAAUUUCAUAGCUAUGAAAGUUGACCAUAUGAAGCAUGUUGUAUUGUUUGGCACUCCGGGUCUUGAAUCUGAUGAUUUGCGAGAUCAUUUGACUGUUUUUGCUGAAUCCUUAAAUAAAGCAAGGGCUAUGAUUUAUCCUCCAACAAAGAAAUCAUCGAAGCUGGGUGAGAUUUUACCCGGACUGGGGGAGAUUGUUGAAAAGGAACACAAGAGACUUCUUGCUCGGAAAUCCAUUAUUGAAAAGAGAAAGGAAGAACAAGAACGUCAACUUUUGGAAAUGGAACGAGAGGAGGAGUCAAGGAGGCUGAAGCAGCUGAAGAUUACAGAAGAGGCCGAGCAGAAGAGGCUUGCAACCGAGUAUGAACAAAGGAACAAGCAAAGGAUCCUCCGGGAAAUUGAGGAGCGCGAGCUUGAAGAAGCGCAAGCUUUGCUUGAGGAACAAGAGAAGCGCAGUAAAAGGAAAGGAGGAAAGAAGCCCAUCUUAGAAGGAGAGAAAGUGACAAAGCAAAUUUUAAUGGAAAGGGCUUUGAGUGAGCAACUCAGAGAGAGGCAGGAAAUGGAGAAGAAAUUACAGAAAUUGGCUAAAACAAUGGAUUAUUUGGAAAGGGCGAAAAGAGAGGAGGCAGCCCCAUUGAUUGAAGCUGCUUUUCAACAACGAUUGGUCGAAGAGAAUGCACUUCAUGAACAUGAACAGCAGCUGGAGACUGAAUUGAGCAGACAACGCCAUGAUGGGGACCUCAAGGAGAAGUAUAGGCUGUCUCGGAUGUUGGAGAACAAGAUCAUAUUUGAGGAAAGAGUGAAGAGCCGUCGAGAGGCAGAAUUCAACCAAAGGAGAGCCGACAGGGAAGAAAGGAUCAACCAGAUUAUUCAAGCUCGGAAACAAGAGAGAGAAGCUUUGAGGAAGAAAAUAUUCUUUGUUAGGUCUGAAGAGGAGAGACUGAAAAAGUUGCGUGAAGAGGAAGAAGCUCGCAAACAUGAAGAGGCUGAGAGACGCAGGAAAGAAGAAGCUGAACGCAAGGCGAAGUUGGAUGAGAUAGCAGAGAAGCAAAGACAAAGAGAACGUGAAUUAGAAGAAAAGGAACGGGUAAGGAGGGAAGCUCUCUUGGGAAGAGCAACUGAUGGGCUUCAUAGACCUUUUGAGCUUCCUGCUGGUCCAGAGCCUGGGGCUGCUGCUGCUGCAGCAGCAGCUGCACCAGCCCCUGCAAAGUAUGUGCCCAAGUUCCGGCGAGGUGGAACUGAAGGCUCAGCGCAGGCUCCUCCAGAUUCUGACAAGUGGGGCGGUGGAAGCAGUAGGCCAGCCCCUCCAGAUUCUGACAAGUGGGGCGGUGGAAGCAGUGGUGGUACCGGGCAGGCCACUUCAGAUACAGACCGGUGGGGUGGUGGUGGUCGCUGGGGCAGUGGUGGUAGUAGACCUGAUGAUCGGAAUCCACCCGGUGAUAGGUGGGGUGGAGGUUCAAAGUCCACUUGGUCAUCAUCUAGGCCUCGUGGUCGCUGAUAAUACCAGAGUCUACAUAAACAUUUUAAGGUGGCCAUUUUUGUCCUGGUUAUAUUUGUUGAAUGAAGGGAAAAUGCACCUGGGAAAACCCUUGAGGAAUAAUUAUUAGUUAAUUAUAGUUUCAAAUUUUGUAGACUUGCAAAACAUUAAAGUGACAUCCUUGACUUUCCUUUUUUCUCUUCUUGUAUGGUAUUGUUGAGAAAUGUUUAUUGUAAUUUGGACCUGUCACUUUCGAAGAGUUGUUUAUUCUUUCUCA